AUGUCCGCACAAGGCAAGCUUAUCGACGUUGUCAUUGGCGGCAUCGCCGGUCUCACGACAGCCGAUCAACUUCAGAAAUACCCUCAUGUCAACGUUCAGAUCUAUGAAUCUGCCCACAAAUUCGGAGAAGUCGGGGAUGGUGCCGUUCUAGGCCCCAAUUCGCAAAGUGUGAUGUCUCGGACCGAUCAUCGCAUCAAAGAAGGCUACGAUAGACGAGCCGCUUUCGACGAGAACCCGCCCGACGAGAACGGCCUUUACCCAUGGAUCACUCUGGUGAAGGGCCAAGCACCGCAUAUCGGGGAGCAGGUCAUUCAGUUCAAGCACAAGGAGAAAAGCUCUACGAUCCAACGGGCUCACUUCUUGAACGAACUUGUAAAGCUAAUCGAUAUGGACCGGGCUCACUUUGGCAAGCGACUGGAUCGUAUCUACGAGACUGACGACAAGAUAAGCCCAAUCAUUCUGCACUGCAAGAACAGAACUACCGCCACUGCCGAUGUAGUCAUUGGCGCAGAUGGUAUCCAUGCAGAUAUUCGAAAGCACGUACUCGGCCCGCAGGACCCUGGUGCUGAUGCAUUAUUUACCGGGACCGUUCGAUAUCGCGCAACAGUGCCAUUCAAGAAGGCGGAAGAGAAACUCGGCAAGUUCGAACAAAGUCCAGGUCAGCUCUGUGGAACUGGAGGCAGCGUGUUUGGCUUUCCUCUGUCAAACACCACCCUGUACUACAUCGGUGUCACCGUCUCCAACAACGGUCCUUGGCAACAGGACAAAUGGGCCGUACAUGUCAACCUCGACGACACCACAAAGCAGUUUUCAGAUUGGGACGACUACACGCGCAAAAUUGUCGAACUACUUCCCACAGACGGCUCCACUAUGGCCUGGUCGGUCUGGGAGAUGCCUCCAGCCUCUACCUACUUUAAGGGUCGAGUUGUCAUCACAGGUGAUGCUGCUCACGCUUCCUCACUCCUCGACUCCAUUUCAAGGCGCUGGGUUUGGCCAAGCCAUCGAAGACGCUCUGGUCCUUCAGCAGUUACUGGAAAUGUAUUUGGAUCCAGCCAUGAAGUCUCACUACUUGCCUGAGCCACAGGAGACCGCGCCAUUCCUCUUAUAGGUAUUUGACACAAUUCGUCGUUUUCGCAGCCAGAAGGUGGUUACUACUAGCCGACAGACUGGCCUUAACUCCACUUGCGUCGAACCUGGCGUUGGGAAUACUGCGGCUAAGAUCAGACAAGCUUUAGAAGGUCGACAGCAUUGGAUCUGCGAUCAAGACCAAGCACAGCAGGUCAAGGAUGCUUUCCAAUUGUUCGGCAAGCCGUUCUAUCGAGAAUGCAUCAACGUGUCUCUCGUUUGCUGACACUCUGUCACAGAGGAGAUCAAGGACGCCGGCGAGCGCUCCACAGCACUACCAAAUUGA